AUCAUGUCGAUCGAUGAAACCAUUUUUCUUGUUCACUCAGAAAAGAGAAUCUUCUAUAAACAUCCUCCUCACAGCAUUACCUCCAAAAGUUCGAAUCCAUAAAAACGUCACCACAAAUAACUAUAUCACAGCAAGAUCUCACACUAGCACAACUCAAAAACCAAACACAAAAACAUCUGCAUCACUCUCAAUAACCUCAAACAUGCCGGUGAUCCUUGAACUGUUCAAAAAAAAAACUAACAGGUUGAUAACUCAAAAUAAGGAUAAUCCUAAAUAA